AUGGCGUCGUCUUUUGCCAUGAUAAAGCCCCUGAUUACCCGUGGCAUCGCUAGACGAUGCGCCAGAACGAGUCGAUCCGUAGUACAAGGAAGAGUAUGGGCUGCCCGCGGCUUUUCUUCGGGCGAUGGCGGUGACAAGAAAGAUGAAAGCAUCGUCGAUAUCUUGGAGAAUUUGAAGCUCCGACGGCCGGCCGUGAGCGGCACCACAGCCAGCGGUGGCGAACGACAACAACGAAGUGUUGGUUGGCAACAGCAGAAGCAACAGCAGCCACGCCAACAGCAUUCACGCGGUGGCCGACGUCCACCACCCGGUCCGACACCGGAACCGCCAUUGGCCAGAGAUCCUUUGCUCCGUACGCACAUGAUUGAUCUCUUUCCUGGCAAAUACGACGACGAUGAUGACUUUAAUGCUGGCACAGAAACAGAUCCGUGGGAUGACGACGACGAAGACGAAGGUGAUUUUGAAGAAGUCGAAGCUGAAAUGGCAAAACUGCAUCGAGAAGAAAUGGAAUUGAAUGCCAAAAAGCUAAAAUGGAUCGAAACCACCAAACCGCAAGUGCGAGUGCCCGUCAUUGACUCGAUCGGACGCGCUUAUGGACGAGGCGCUCGAAAAUCGGCACAAGCUCGCGUCUGGAUCACACCGGGGUUUGGCAAUGUCACGGUCAAUCGCAAAGAUUUGGUCGACUACUUUCCGCGCUUUUCCGAUCGCGAACUCGUUUUGGCUCCUUUGGUUGUGACCCGAACCUGUGGCAAAUUCGACCUGCAGUGUCAAGUAAAAGGUGGUGGAUUGACGGGCCAAGCCGGGGCCAUUCGUCUCGGUGUGGCGCGAGCUUUGCAGCAUUGGAAUCCCGAGUAUCGGCCACCCAUGAAGAAAAUGGGAUAUCUCACCCGUGAUGCCAGGAGAGUGGAACCCAAGAAGGUGGGAUUGGUCAAGGCACGAAAGGCACCGCAGUGGAAUCGUCGUUAG